AUGCAGGCGGUAAUCUAUGCUAUAUGCCAGCACUUCGCUAAACUUCCCGUCUUGCCGUACUCAUUCAUUACUCUGACCUCAGCCCUCAUAAUGCUACUGCCACCGUUGGAUAUUACAACUUAUCCCACCUUCACCAUGAGUCGUGGGAUCUGUGCCAGUCGUCCGCCUCGACCGUCUUCUACAGUCUCGUCAAGAUCAUCGUCGUCAUCGUCAUCAACAUCCCCACGAGCAUGCGCGGCCUCGCCAGACUUCAUGAACAUACAGAAACUCAUCCGAGCUGUCUUCCGAUCUCCGAAAACCAUAGUGGAACAAACAGAACGAUUGCAGAGUCAGCUCCAGCAGGUCUUUCUCGCCAAGCUCACAGAUGACACUUUACUUGUACUCAGGUGCCCGCCUGCAGUGAACACACGACUUCUUCGCCAUGAGAAGAACACGCUGGAAACCGAAGUCAAGACACUGGAGAUGUUGUAUGAGUGCACACAACUUCCAGUGCCUCAGAUCAUCAAGUACGACAGCCAUGGGGGCCAGUUUGGCUCGCCCUUUGUUGUUACGAACCACAUUUCGGGACGCAAGCUCUCUGAGCUAUCGAAGGACCUCACAACUACCGAACGAAGCGCGAUCGACCGAUCUCUAGGUUUUUAUGUCCGCCGCUUGACGUCUCUCUCCGCAAAACAGUUUGGCACGACACACCAAGUUUUCGAUCAGAAGGGAUGCAAAUCCUGGCGAGAAGCGUUUUUAGCGCUCUUGGAAGCUGCUCUGCGAGACGCCGAAGACAUGUUAGUGACAAUACCGUACGACAGCAUUCGCUACUACAUUAGCAAGCACAGCCAUAUUCUCGAUGAAGUCGCAGAACCUAGACUUGUCGCUUUGAACGUCUGCAAGCCGGAAAACGUACUUGUACAUGAGCACACAAAGCAUGUCACUGGCCUUCUCGGCUUCUCAAACGUUAUCUGGGGCGAUGCUCUCAUGAGUGGAGGAGUUGCCAAUGGCAGCGAUGCGUUCUUCGAAGGAUUUGGCGAGUGCCCUAUGGCAACCGAUGGUGCAAAGAUCAGGAUUUUGAUAUAUACUGUCUAUCGUUCAAUACUGGAGAUUGCUGCGCAUCACUACCGUCCAAACACCAACGUCGAUGAGCUCGAAGCACGACGCGAGCUUGUGCGCGCACUCAACGAUCUUGCACGGACGUGA